AUGAUUGCAGCAAGAGGGGGCUGGAUUGUGGCAACAAGCAUUGGAGCAGUUGAGGCCUUGAAAGAUCAAUUAGGCUUUUGCAGAUGGAAUUACACUUUGAGGUCAAUCAAGAAACGUGCCGAAAACAGAACCUUAUUUUAUUACAACAACAACAAUAAUAAUCAGAUGCAAAAUGUUGCUUCUAAAUUUUCUCGUUCUCACUCUUCAUCUGACGUAGCCGGAGGCAAAUUGACGAUAGAUCGAGAUAAGAUUGAGAGACGAGAGAAAUGUAUGAGGAAAGUUAUGGAUUUGAGUUCUUGGGGUCCUAGCACAACUAGAUUUUGA